GGACUAAACGGUACCAAUGAGGUGGUCAGGGCUCUGCCGUACAUGGUUAUCGGAGAAAACAGAACAGCAGAAAGUUUAAAUCUAAUGAAAGUCUCAGAAUGAAUGGGACAGCUUACUCCAACUUUGACAAUCAAGAACAUGUCCUGAAACUGGGAGAGACGUUUGAGAAACACCCCAAAAGUGCCUACCAUACAGUGCGAUAUGACUUCAAACCAGCCUCCAUUGAUACAACAUGUGAAGGGGAGCUUGAAGUUGGCAAAGGAGAGCAAGUCACUAUUACUUUACCCAAUUUAGAGGGUUCAAGUGCUCCAGUAACAGUCUUCAAGGGAUCCAAGAGGCCAUACAUGAAAGAGUGCAUCCUCAUUGUGAACCAUGACACAGGAGAGUACAGACUAGAAAAACUCAACAGCAACAUCGCUGUGAAGAAGACCAGGGCUGAGGGCAGCAGCAAGAUCCAUUCUCGUCUGGAGCAACAGACCAGUCGCCUGAGCCAGCAGAUGAGGAGUAACAACAACAACAGCAGCAGCAGUAACAAGACCUCAGCCAGCUCCAAGAGUUCUCCUCCCAAGGAGAAAACAUCCCCGCCAUCCCCCAUGGACGACAUUGAGAGAGAACUGAUGGCAGAGGCGCAGGUCAUGGACCAGCUGAGCAGCAGUGACAGCUCCUCAGACUCCAACAGCUCCUCGUCCUCCAGCAGUGAUGACAGCUCCAGCAGCAGUGACUCAGAAGAUGAACGGACUUCUAGGCCGCCCUCGGCCCCAGCCAACCACAGCAUGCCUAUCAUCAACACCAGCAGUCGCCACCAGGAGAGUGGAGGACUAAUGAACACACUCAAGAAUGACCUCCAGCUGAGUGAAUCCGGCAGUGAAAGUGAUGACUGAACAACAUGAGGACGUCUGCCUACCUCUGGACAUCAGGAGGAUUUUCAGUGAGGAGUGAAGGAACCAGGCACAGACCUGUCAGUGUCUUGCUUCCUUUAAUGUGGAACUGUCUUCUCUACGUAUCCACACUUCUGCAAGCAAAAUAUAAUUUGUUGCUUCUCUGCUAACAAACUUCAAAUUUUAUGUCUCAUUUAUUGCUUCAUGAUCUGUAUUUUAUUUUUUUUUGUUAUGUGAAGAUUGUAUGUUAAAGAGAUGCCUCAGUUCAGAGAGAUGUGACAUGGUUGGUGUAAGAGAAGCAGUGAACUAUGCAUAAUGUUUCAAUUCAGCGUAUGCAGAUGUGUGGUUAAACUGACCAAGCAUAUCAGGCAGAAUGGCAGCAAUGUUCACAUAGUGCAGAUAAAUGUUUCUGGCCAUCAAUCAGUUGUCUUAAACCACCACUGGAGUUUCUGUAUUUCAGGUUAGCAAUAUUAGGAACUUUUAUUGUGCCUAGGUCAAAUGUUGGU